AGCUCGCCGAAUAUGUACUUCCGGGUUCUCAAUAAAUUUACAAUUCAUAUGACACGUUUACAAACGCUGAUAAAAUCUUACCAACAUAAUGACACGAAUGUUCAGCAUGAUGAAUGAUUGUUUUGCACAAUGUUAAUUAUCUAUACGGAUGAUUGCUGCAUAUAAUCAUCAGGAUUCACAUGUCUAGUACAUCGAUCAACUUCGCCUCCUCUCAGUGUCUCAUAAAAGAAAUCAGUAGGCCUACUACAGUAUGAGUCUACUACAGAAAUUGACAAGAAAGAAGUUUAUAUCUGCAGAUUCUGUCCACCAUACACAGCUUGCAAGAUGUCUCAAUACACUGGAUCUAACAGCUUUAGGUAUAGGGAGUACCCUGGGUGCAGGUAUCUAUGUUGUGGCUGGACAGGUUGCCAAGCAAACAUCCGGUCCCUCUGUGUUCAUCUCUUUCCUUAUUGCUGCCUUAGCCUCCAUACUUGCAGGCCUGUGUUAUGCUGAGUUUGGUGCACGUGUACCUAAAACAGGGUCAGCCUAUGUAUACAGCUACGUCACUAUAGGAGAACUCAUGGCAUUUGUGAUUGGCUGGAAUCUCAUACUGGAAUACGUGAUUGGUACAGCAAGUGUAGCCAGGGCGUGGAGUUCAUAUUUUGACUCUCUCGUCAACAACACAAUACAGACCUAUUUCCGCGACAAUGUUCCUAUGAAUGUGACUGGUCUGUCUCCCUACCCAGACUUUUUUGCACUUGGUAUAACACUUUUCUUAUCAUUGAUCCUAGCUGUGGGAGUGAAGGAGUCUUCAAGAUUCAACAACCUGUUUACAGCUGUCAAUCUACUGGUAGUAACAUAUAUAGUGAUCUGUGGGGCAUUCAAGGCAGACGUUCAUAACUGGCAUAUCAACCCUGACAAGGUCACUGCUGUAAACUCUACAGAUAUUGGAGACGGUGGAUUUCUACCAUUUGGUUUCUCUGGUAUGUUGUCAGGGGCGGCUACAUGUUUCUAUGCCUUUGUUGGAUUUGAUGCCAUAGCAACAACAGGUGAAGAAGUGAAGAACCCCCAGAAAGCUAUACCUAUAAGCAUAGUAGUGUCACUGCUGGCGUGUUUCUUUGCCUACUCUGGUAUAUCUGUUGUUAUAACACUAAUGUGUCCUUAUUACCUACUGGACGGGAAUGCACCAUUACCCGCUGUAUUUGAUAGAGUCGGUUGGCAUGUUGCCAGGUACAUAAUUGCUGUGGGUGCUGUCUGUGGAUUAUCAACAAGUCUUCUUGGUGCAAUGUUUCCACUUCCUCGUGUGAUCUACGCUAUAGCUAGUGAUGGACUUAUCUUCAAAUUUUUGGCGAGAGUCAGUGAUAGAUUUAAAACGCCUCUAAUUGCCACUCUAUUGUCUGGGGUGCUUGCUGGGAUAAUGGCGAUGUUGUUUGACUUGAAAGAACUAGUGGACAUGAUGUCUAUAGGAACCCUGUUAGCUUACACUCUAGUCGCAGUGUCUGUACUUCUGUUGAGAUACAGGGUCUAUAAUAUAGGAGAAAUAGAUGAGUCGAAAGGCAGUUAUACACAAGUGCCCCAGAGUGAUACAGAGCCUGAUCCAGAUCACCCAGAUGUUUUAAAUGAUAGAAGAAAGCUUCUAGAUGACAGCAAUAAUGAUGAACAGUCUAUAAUAUCAACAGCAUUUAAUUUUAGGAAUAAAGAUCCAUCUUCAGUUACAGAAAAAACAUCAGCAUGUGCUGUUACUGUAUUUAGUCUUUUAGCUAUAGCAUUUUCAGUAUUUCUGAAGUUUGCAGAGGAUGAUAUAUCUGAUGGUCAAGCCUGGGCUAUUGUUGUUACUGUGAUAUUUACAUUAUCGAUGGUGCUCCAGCUUAUUUCUUUGGCAUGCCAGCCACAGAACAAAAGCUUAGUUUCAUUUAAGGUGCCUUGGUUACCGUUUCUACCUGGAAUCAGUAUUUUUGUAAACAUAUUUCUCAUGCUACGCCUGCCAGAAGCAACAUGGAUAAGAUUUGCUGUCUGGAUGGCUAUAGGUUUCCUGAUAUACUUCUUAUAUGGGUUCAGUCACAGUAAUCACGGACUGAGAAAAUCAGAGACGGACAAAUUCCCAGACUAUGAAGUAAGAUACGAAAAGAAGGUAAAUGACCCAGAAAACAAACGGGAAAGAUCGGGUGAUAUAAAAUUUUUGGAGACAACAAGUCUGCUUUAGUGGUGUUACAUUAACGAAAAUUAAUGGCUUUGGACAGGCCAUUGAAACAGCAAUAAACAGAAUAGGGAAUGGAGAGUGGUUUGACAAAUUUGUGAACUAAAUGAAACAUUUAAAGAAAUAUCGGCGGAUAAAUGUGUGUGAGCUUGUAAUUAAUUUCAGAUUUUUUAUUUGCAUUGAAUAAAACCUGAUCUUAUAAAAACCACACUUCAGUAUAAAGCCAGACAGUGGCUUUUAAAUUUUAACAAACAAAUUCAUGCGUUAAAUGUCAUUUUGAGUAGUGGUUUCAUUUAAUUAUUUAUAGUUUUGAUAACAGUGCUGUUAAUAUUUUUGAUAAUGGUGCUGUCAAUAUUUUUGUAAACGGUGCUGUCAAUAGUUUUGUAAACGGUGCUGUCAAUAGUUUUGUAAAUGGUGCUGUCAAUAGUUUUGUAAACAGUGCUGUCAGUAGUUUUGGUAAUGGUGCUUUGACAGCACUUUGUGUUGCCAAAUAGUUGAAUUUGCAAAGUGUUAAAUUUUCAACUUCUGUAAAAUUACUCAGGUUUUUCAAUUUUCGAAUAUCAAACAAGACUUGUACUACAUGUUAUGUGCCGCCAAGAAUUGAGUUGAUAUUACAACUUUCUUUGUUGUUUCUUAAUAUAUUAAAUCUAUUUUCAAAAAUACACAUUCCAUUUGUGUGUAAUUGAAUGGCCAAAGUAUUGUAGAUUUUAUACACAGCACAGA